GCAAAAACAAAUUCAAAUAGACACAUACCCGACAUAUUCUCAACCCUAGACCUCAAAUAGGAAAGUAAGCUCCGGCGACGGUGACAUCACUGCACGCCGUGACUUCACCUUAGAUACAGGUCUGGAUCUCCGAUAUGAACACACUUAUUAUCGCACCAUAAUCUCUCAACGAUGUAGUGUAUCCAUGGCCAAGGGUAAAACUCAAAAAAUCCAGAUCGUUCUCUUUCAGGAUGGGACCAGGGAGAAGAACACAUACCUUCAGACCUAGUAAUCCAGCACCUUCAUCACCAUACCAGGGAAAAAAUGCUCGAGUUUUUAGAAAUUUGCCGAGAGAUCAACUUGGCGGUGUUAUAUUUGGCUGCAGGAAUACUACAAUAAGAGAAUGUCUCGAAACUCAACUAUUUGGUUUACCUAGUCAACACAUUUCAUAUGUGAAAAAUGUAAAUCCUGGUUUGCCACUGUUCUUGUUCAACUAUAGCGAUAGGAAGCUCCAUGGAAUCUUUGAGGCUGCAAGCUCUGGUCAAAUGCAAAUCGAUCCAUAUGCUUGGACAUCAGAUAACCCUGGAAGAACAGGAUAUCCUGCACAGGUUCAGAUACGUGUCCGUCUGUACUGUCAACCACUGUUAGAAGAUCAGUUUAAGCCAAUAAUUUUGGAUAAUUAUUACAGUCUGCAUCAUUUCUUGUUUGAGCUAGAUCAUGCUCAAUCUAGUAAACUGAUCUCCAAACUCUCAUCUCUUGCAUUUGCUCCAAGUAGCAUAUCACAUAAUCCAGCAUAUCGGAGAAGUAUAGUCCAAUGUCUACCUGCAAAUGACGAGGUAGCAGAUAACGGAUCUUUUGCGCCACAAGACUGGGAAUAUAAACCAUCCAGUUCCGUUGAUGUGAAUAGGAAGUUGAGUGCUGGAGACAUUUCUCGUUGGUCAGAUGAUAGAGAACUGCAGCCUGAGGCACCACUUGAUAGUCAAGCUGCAUCAGAUGAGAAGGAUUUUAUAUACAUGAAACUUAAAGAAUUAGCUCUUGCGCGUGCACGCGCAGGGUCCCCCACAAAUGGGCAUGCAGAGGAAACCACCAAUGCAGCGCUAAGUAAUGAUAAUGAUGUAAGCAUUGGCCAAACAGUUUUUCUGGAACCACAGCCUCCUGAAGAAGAGAAGAAUGAAGAAGGCUCUUGUGACUUGGCUGGCUAUCCUUCUUUUAUAACUCAGCUGGUUAUGAAAGAACUGAAAGCUUUUAGGGAAGAGCAAACCCAAAAAAUGAGUGGCCUGGAGCAGAAACUGGAAAAAAUGAGUGGCCUGGAGCAGGAGCUGGCUGAUGCAAAAGAAGAAAUUGAACUUUUAAAAAGAAGAUGUUUGAUGUUGGAGUCCACAAGUCCUUCGCGUACACAUGACAGUGAAGAUGUGUUUGAGUCAAGCGAUAUAGUGAAUGAUGAGUCAAUCAUUCUAGCUGGAGGAUAUGAUGGUGAUUCAUGGUUAUCAGCUUUGGACUUGUACUCGCCUUUAAAUGAUGUUUUAAAGUCACUUCAGCCAAUGAAUUCAGUUCGGUCAUAUUUUGCAAUUGCAAAUCUGAGUGGAGAACUUUAUGUAUUUGGUGGCGGAUCUGGAAGCUUGUGGUACAACACAGUUGAAUCAUAUAACCCGGCCAAUAAUAAGUGGACUGUGCAUCCUUGUUUGAAUGGGAAAAGGGGUAACUUAUCUGGAGCUCCUUUGAAGGACAAGAUCUUUGCAAUUGGUGGCGGAACUGAUAUUGAAUGCUUUUCAGAAGUUGAAAUGUAUGAUCCUCAAGUAGGUCGAUGGAUUUCUACACAAUCCAUGUCGCAGAAGCGAUUUGCUCUUGCAGCAGCAGAACUCGAUGGUGCAUUAUAUGCUGUUGGUGGAUAUGAUGGAAGCAAUUAUUUGGCGACUGCUGAAAGAUUUGACCCCAGAGAACAUGCUUGGGCAAAAAUUGAGAGUAUGAGCACAAAAAGAGGAUCUCAUGCUUUGGUUCCUUUGAGGGGAAAGUUAUAUGCACUUGGUGGCUAUGAUGGGUCUCAACAUGUGCCGAGCAUUGAGAUUUAUGAUCCCCGUCUUGGAACAUGGAUAAUUGGAGAACCAAUGAACUACCCAAGGGGGUAUUCAGCUGCUGCUGUUCUAAAGGAGUCCAUUUAUGUAAUUGGAGGCGUUCAAUCUGAUGAAAUGCUAGACAUGAUUGAAUGUUAUAAGGAGGGUGAAGGCUGGCAAACAACCAACUCGUGGGCUGUCGGGAAAAGAUGUUUUUCCUCUGCUAUAGUUUUGGAGGAAGAUUGAACUCUGUGUUCUUAAGUACUCAAACAAUAUAUCUCUUCUUGUGGGGCACCCUUUGUUCAACAAGGUCAAUUGUCUGUUGUUUUGCUAUAAUGAAUAGGGUUAAUGCUUGCAGGCAUCUUUAAACAAUCCUCGACUUCUUUCCUCCAUAUGGAA